AUGGCCUCAGCGCUGGCUACCCCGGUGGACAGCUCGAGGUCCCCGGCCAUGGCCACUGACAGUCACCGUCGAUCCACCAGCACCGACGGGUCAACCCCCGCAAAGCGUCUGAGAAGGGCGUCGGACUCCCCGGCCAAGCACCCAAAUGCACCGCGCCAGAAGAUCACGAGGGCCUGCGAUCACUGUAAAGAAAAGAAGACCCGCUGUACUGGAACCCUCCCCUGCGUCCGCUGUACCAGACUAGCACUGCCGUGCGAGUACAAUGCGGCUUACUCGCGGGGGUUGCCCCCCGAUCCCCUCCCCGCUCUGUCGUCGAUGGCCGACAACUGUGACUGUGCUCCUCCUGCCAAAAAAGCUACCGCUGCUGACAGAGACCUGGGCCGUCGACAGUCACUAUCCGCGCGUCAGUCUCCAAGGGCAGUUGCAAGCACACGUCUGCAACCCCAGUUCCGGAAUGAAUUCUCGCAGCGCAAUUCUCCCGACCCCGCCGUAACCGACUUGGAAGGCAACUAUCUCGGGCCUGCAUCGGGGGUAUCCUUUCUCAACCGUGUCUGGCGCCGCCUGCAUCAGGAUGAAGUGCACGCGAUUCCUGAUCGCCCGGAGAAUGAGCCCUCCCCCAAGAACACGUCCGUGUUCAUGUUUGGCGAUAAACCUUACUCGGACUAUCGCGAGGUUGUCUUUACACUUCCUCCUUUCAACAUAGCGCAAGAGCUGGUAGACAUCUACUUUGAUUUUUCCAUGGUUACGUAUCGCUUUCUACAUCAGGGGAGUGCAGAGGAGUGGCUCCGACAGGUAUAUGCAAAUAAUAUUUCCUCCGCUAACCUUCCGACGGGUCCUUUGGUGGUGAGGACGGCUAUCAUCCUCAUGAUAUUUGCCGUGAGUACUCUCUAUGAGGAGCAGAGGCCCAGCAAUCAGGUAGAUGGGUGGUGUAGAAGCGAGCAGUGGUAUGCGGCGUCCAAGUACAUGACUUCGCUGGAGUCCGGACCUCCCCGACUGGAAACGGUCCAGGCAAGGUUAGGUCAAUGUCUCUACUUGCUGUCCACCUCCAGGGCCAAUGAGUGUUGGUAUUCUUUUGGAACCGCUCUCCAGCUUGUAACAGCCCUGGGCCUGCACCGGAAGUUCCCAGGCAAGCUGCCGAAGGGAGGGAAUACCUAUCUAGAACGGGAGCUCCGUAAGCGCAUCCUGUGGAGCGCCUAUAUGCUCGACAGGUAUCUCAGCGUCAUGUUCGGUAGGCCGCGGUUGUUGCAUGAUGAAGACAUCGAUCAAGACCUUCCGGAUGAGGUUAAUGAUGAAGACAUGCUACAAGAUGAUCCUGCACAAAGAACCGGGUCCGCCGAUUGCAUGAUGGUUGCAUCCAUCCUGCACUUCAAACUUGGUCGUAUCCUUGGUGAUAUCUCCCGACAACUAUACACGGUGAAUCCUUCCUCACGGAGUCCACCUCUGGAGACGGCUGCUCGGCUCACCUCCGAGCUGGAGCAGUGGAAAUCUGCCGCACCGCCGCUAUUCAACAGUGUUCGCGCAACAAGCCUCAUCCCACCGCUGUGUAGGCAAAGUCAGGUUUUACAACUGGCAUACUCACAUGCUGUCAUCCAUGCAACCAGAUCUUUCCUCUUAAAUGACUUUUCGGAUUUGAGGCGCAGACCGCAAGUUCCACAUCCGGUGGUGUCUAGCCAUGUGCGCAAGUGCGUUCAAGCCGCCCAGGAAGUCAUGGAACUGGUGGAUGGCUUGGCCAAACAGAGCGUCUUAAUUCAGUCGUUUUGGUUCACACAUUAUGUGUGCUUCUGUGCAAUCACCGUCGUCUAUAUCUAUACCAUCCAACAGCAUCGAGCAUCCGACUUAGAGACAUCGUCGCCAGGUUCUGAAGAUGUCGAUCGUCUAAGCUCGCUCUUCAGGCUUGCGGAGACAUGCCAGCAACACCUCGCAGAGGCCACCCGCAAGAACUGCCCCAGUCGUCGCUAUAGUAUCAUCCUCGAGGAGCUAAGAAAGGAAGUCCAUCGUCAGAUUGGUCCGCACUCUGGCUGCAUCGACAACUCAUCCCAGCAGGUCCGGGCCAGAUCCAGCACCAACCAGGAGCCAGCCGUAGAACAACAAAUCACUCCAUCUCACAUGUAUCCCCAAAUUCCCCUAGACAGUCCGUUCAAUUACUCCGACGGCCUACAGGCUACGGAUCUCCAAACCUUUGGACCCGAUGGUGAUAUCGGCCUAAUUGAUAACCUGGAGGGAUCGGUCUGGUGGACACAAUUAGACUGUUGGGCGUUUACGAACCUUCCCGGUGACCCUUCGACACUCGGCCUAUAA